UCUCCUUUUCAUUGCGUCAAUAAUCCUUAAACCAAAAAAUCAAGCCUGCAUCUCCUACUGCUGUUUAUAUUUGAGGCGAAGUCAGUUGGAACUCUGCUUCAUUUGGCGCCAGAAGCUGUACCCAUGACCAAGCCUCAUGAAUGGUCAUUUUUGAUGAAUAAUUCGUAGUUUUGAUAUGAGAUUUCACACUUUCACGACUCAAAAACCUUACUUUUAUCCAAUCUUUCAACAACUUAAACUUCCAGACUCCUUGAAAACCUGCUACUUCAACCUUGCCGGUUCUAUCUAUUGCAAAUCAGGUCCUCCUAGCUUCAUUAGUCUCUCUACUCUCUUGCAAGGUCCCAUUCCACAUGGCCAUCUCCUUCAAAUCCAUGCCAGAGUCUUCCGUCUCCAUGCACACCAAGACAACUUGAUAGCAACUCGUCUUAUUGGCCAUUACCCAUCUCAUCUUGCUCUUCGCGUUUUUGAUCAACUGCAGGGACCCAAUUUGUUUCCGUUUAACGCCAUUAUCAGAGUCUUCGCAUAUGAAGGUCAUUUCCACGACUCUUUCUUUCUCUUCCGUAGAUUAAAACGGCAGUCCCUUUCCCCUAAUGACUUGACCUUUUCGUUUAUCUUGAAGGCGUGUUUUGGUGCCAAAUAUGUGGUUUAUGUGCAACAAGUUCAUACCCACAUCUUAAAAGUUGGUCUUAUUACUGAUCCUUUUGUUUGCAAUGGUCUUGUAGCUGUUUAUGCUAAGUGCUUUAAAGAUUUGGCCUCUGCCCGUUUGUUGUUUGAUGAAAUGCCUGACAAAGGUGUGGUUUGUUGUUGGACUUCUUUGAUUGCUGGUUUUGCUCAGUCUGGUCAAUCUGAGGAAGUUUUGAGGCUCUUCUGUGUGAUGAUGGUUAGGGAGAAGUUGAGGCCCGAGAAUGAUACAAUGGUCAGUGUUUUGUCAGCAUGUUCGAACCUUGAGAUCUUCCAAAUUGAGAAAUGGGUAACUGCUUUAUCAGAAUUCACUAACGGUAUUGAAUCCAAGACUUCUAGUUGUGAUUCACUCAACAAUGUUCUUGUUUAUUUGUAUGGAAAAUGGGGAAAGAUUGAAAAGAGUAGGGAAAGAUUUGAUGAUAUUUCUUGUAAUGGAAAAAGAAGUGUACUUCCUUGGAAUUCUAUGAUAAAUGCAUACGUUCAAAAUGGUUUCCCUUUGGAGGCUUUGAGUCUUUUUCGAUUAAUGGCGGAGAAUCCUACUUGUAGACCCAACCAUGUCACAAUGGUUAGCGUGCUUUCAGCUUGUGCUCAAAUUGGUGAUCUAGAGCUUGGAAAGUGGGUUCAUGAUUACUUGAAAUCUAAAGGAAGCAAAGGUGUUCUAGAAUUCAACACAUUCCUAUCAACUUCAUUGAUAGACAUGUACUCUAAAUGUGGGAGUUUGGACAAGGCAAAGGAGGUUUUCAACCAGAUGGUUUCCAAAGAUGUUGUCUCGUUCAAUACCAUGAUAAUGGGUCUUGCUAUAAAUGGUGAAGGGAUGGAGGCAGUUAAACUUUUCUCCACUAUGCAAGAGUUUGGUUUACAUCCCAAUGCUGGAACAUUCCUUGGCCUUUUAUGGGCAUGCAGCCACUCAGGAUUAUCAGAUGAAGGACGAAAGAUUUUCCGAGACAUGAGCUCAAGCUUUGUUAUCCUUCCUAAAUUAGAACAUUAUGCUUGCUAUAUUGAUCUUCUUGCACGAAAUGGCCAUUUGGAAGAAGCAAUCAAGGUUGCUACCUCAAUGCCUUUUAAGCCUAAUAAUUUUGUGUGGGGAGCAUUGCUUGGUGGUUGCCUGCUCCAUUCUAAACCAGAUAUGGCUAAACUUGUUUACAAGAGGUUUCUUGAAGUAGACCCAGCUAAUUCUGCAGGCUAUGUGAUGUUGGCUAAUGUAUUUGCAGUUGAUCAUCGAUGGAGUGAUGUAUCAGCACUGAGGUGGUUUAUGAAGGAGAAAGGAGUCAAGAAACAGCCUGGAUGUAGUUGGAUCAGCAUUAAUGGAGUUGUCCAUGAAUUUCUAGUGGGAUCCCCAUUGCAUCCCCAAAUUGAGAGCAUACAUCAUAUGUUGCAUGGAUUGGUUAAGGAUAUGAAGAUUGCAAGUCCCCCGGAAAUGCCAAAGCUAGAGUUAUAAUGUUACAUUGAAUUGCAUCAGAGUAGUUUCAUAGCCUCAACUGAAUGAGAUCUUUGAGAAAAUUGUGUCCAUUGCACCACAGAUGGAGGAACAUAAAUUUUGUUUGGGACUAAAGGAGAGGAAAGGGAUGCCUGAAUCCUCUGAUUCUUAAUUAAAAUACUGUAAAGAUAGCUUCGUCUUUAUAAUCUGCUUUAUCCAUAUACAAGCUUGCUUUCAUGCCAUAAUCUUUGUGGAUUGAAUCAAGAUCUUAAAUGGGGACAUCAACUCGAUAUAAGCAGCAAAGAAGAGAAGCAAUUCUUCUCAUGUAAACAAAGGGUUAUAGAGGAGGUUUGGAUGCAUAGAACCUUGCAUGCUAUAUGAUCUAGUUACAAAAAGAUGAUCAUAGCAUGUCCAGGUUCUGUCUAGAGUUGAAGCCAAAGGAGAGGGAAUGAAAGAUAAUGUCAUUCCCCUGUUCCAAAAGGUUGGUCAAAAAUUACAUUUUUUCCCCUUUAUUUCUGAUGCAGGUUCAAAGCAGUUAUGGACUCUUUGGUUUGUUGAUUUAACAGAAUUCUGGUUGGUAAAAUUUGAACUCAAAGAUGAAGCUCAUUGGUUUAUUGAUCUA